AUAUAGAGAUAUUUUAUAAAUGAAAUGAUUGGUACUACUGGAUAAAUGGUUGCUGGAUCUUUUUCCCAUCGUAUGGAUGUCGGCAAGAUGUUCACAGCAAACGCUAAAAUAAUAAAAAGUGGCGGAGCCGAACCUGAUGCGUUCGAAGCCAGCAUCUCCCAGGCUCUACUGGAGCUGGAAAUGAAUAGUGAUUUAAAAUCGCAACUGAGAGAAUUGUAUAUUACUAAGGCACGUGAAAUAGAGACCAACAACAAGAAGUGCAUCAUUAUAUAUGUACCUAUGCCAAAAUUAAAGGCAUUCCAAAAAAUUCAAACAAGACUGGUACGUGAAUUAGAGAAGAAAUUUUCUGGGAAACAUGUGAUGUUUGUUGGAGAACGUAAGAUCUUGCCUAAACCAACAAGAAAAACACGUACUAAGAAUAAGCAAAAGAGGCCCAGAAGCCGUACUUUAACUGCAGUAUAUGAUGCGUUAUUGGAAGAUUUAGUAUAUCCAGUAGAAAUUGUUGGCAAACGUAUCAGAAUUAAACUUGAUGGUACACAACUUAUCAAAGUUCAUUUGGACAAAAAUGAACAAACAAACAUUGAGCAUAAGGUUGAUACCUUUGCGGCAGUGUACAAGAAAUUAACUGGUCGGGAUGUAACAUUCGAAUUUCCUGAAACUUAUGUAUAAUUUGUAAACAAAUAAAUAUAUUUGAAGUAA